CCUAUGUAUAUUCUGACCAAUUCCACACCUCAUCGUCAUCGCCUAACUAUAAAAAGUUUACAAAUACAGAAAUUCACAGAACUGAAGAGAGCUUUUUAUCGAUCCAUCCAUGGCGGAACAGCAAUUCAAGUACGUGAUCCUCGGUGGUGGUGUCGCCGCGGGAUAUGCGGCUAGGGAGUUCGCUAAGCAGGGUGUUAAGCCAGGAGAGCUGGCAAUUAUCUCCAAAGAAGCAGUGGCUCCUUAUGAGCGUCCUGCACUUAGCAAGGCAUAUCUUUUCCCUGAGGGAACUGCUAGACUUCCCAGUUUCCAUGUCUGUGUUGGAAGUGGAGGAGAGAGACUGCUUCCUGAGUGGUACAAAGAAAAAGGAAUCGAAUUGAUCCUUAGCACAGAAUUAGUCAAAGUGGAUCUGUCUUCCAAGACUCUUGUUAGUGCAGCUGGGAAAAUUUUCAAGUAUCAAAUUUUAAUCAUUGCAACUGGUUCCACAGUUAUAAGGUUGUCAGAUUUUGGUGUGCAAGGAGCCGAUGUAAAAAAUAUCUUUUACUUGAGAGAAAUUGAUGAUGCUGAUAAGCUGGUUGAAGCAAUUAAAACAAAGAAGAAUGGAAAGGCCGUGAUUGUUGGAGGAGGAUACAUUGGCCUUGAGCUUAGUGCAGCGCUACGAAUCAACAAUAUUGAUGUUAGCAUGGUUUAUCCUGAACCAUGGUGCAUGCCUCGCCUCUUCACUGCUGGUAUUGCUGCUUUCUAUGAGGGUUAUUAUGCUAAUAAGGGAGUCAAAAUUAUCAAGGGAACAGUUGCAGUUGGAUUUACGGCUGACUCUAAUGGAGAGGUGAAAGAAGUGAAACUAAAGGAUGGCAGGGUUCUGGAAGCUGACAUUGUUGUUGUUGGUGUUGGAGGUAGACCACUCACAUCAUUAGUUAAGGGGCAGCUUGAAGAGGAGAAAGGCGGAAUUAAGACUGAUGCAUUCUUCAAGACAAGUGUUCCUGAUGUUUAUGCUGUGGGAGAUGUUGCUACUUUCCCAUUGAAAUUAUACAAUGAGAUUAGAAGAGUUGAACAUGUUGACCAUGCCCGCAAAUCAGCCGAGCAGGCUGUAAAGGCCAUCAAAGCAAGUGAGGAAGGGAAAACAAUUGAUGAAUAUGACUAUCUUCCAUACUUCUAUUCUCGUGCCUUUGAUCUCUCGUGGCAGUUCUACGGUGACAAUGUCGGUGACACAGUGCUAUUUGGGGACAGUGAUCCAGCAUCGCCAACCCAUAAGUUCGGAACAUACUGGAUCAAAGAUGGGAAAGUUGUUGGAGCUUUCCUUGAGAGUGGCACUCCAGAAGAAAACAAGGCUAUUGCCAAAGUUGCAAGGGCGCAGCCUCCAGUUGAUAAUUUGGAUGUGCUGUCAAAGGAGGGUAUUGCCUUUGCCAGCAAGAUCUGAGAAUAUUAUAGAGAGUGACUAUAUUUUAUGCGUCUGUGUUUAAAAGCAUUUGUAAUUGUUUGUUGUUUCUGUUUAAGAUAGAUUGUGGUAUUUGCUUUGCUUUUAACUUUUUCGUGCUUUUAAUUGCCAAAGUUACUUUUAAGGUUGA